GAAAACACUCAGCGCCCGGAAAGGCUCCAGUCCUGGUGCCGGGGUGUGAGGGUCCGAGAGUGUGGAGGACUGGCGGGGGCUCUAGUAACUUAUCCACGGGACAAUAACCAUGAAGGUGAAGAGCACCAUUCUUCCUUAAGGUGGCAAGAAAUUUAUGGACUUGUACAUGAUGAACUGCGAGUUAUUAGCAACGUGUAGUGCCUUGGGGUACCAGGAGGGGGAUACCUACCACAAAGAACCUGAUUGCCUUGAAAGCGUGAAAGACUUAAUCCGUUACCUUCGUCAUGAGGAUGAAACCAGAGAUAUCCGACAACAGCUGGGUGCUGCCCAAAUCCUGCAGAAUGAUCUUAUACCUCUAGUCAUUCAGCACCACAAUGACAAGCAACUCUUUGAUGCUGUUAUUAGGUUAACGGUGAACUUAACCCAACCAGCACUUCUGUGUUUUGGGAAAGUUCCACAAGACCCUACUUUUCGCCAUCAUUUCCUGCAGGUUGUGUCCUACCUACAGACUUAUAAAGAGGCCUUUGCAAAUGAAAGACUGUUUGUAGUCUUGAGUGAAAAGCUCUAUGAUUUGCUGCAGAUGGACUGGGAGCAACGUGAAGAGGAUCAUAACUUGCUCAUUGAAAGGAUCCUUUUAUUAGUACGAAAUAUACUUCAUGUACCUGCAGAUCCAGAUGAGGAAAAGAAUGUGGAUGAUGAUGCUAGCAUUCAUGACAGAGUAUUGUGGGCAGUCCACAUGAGUGGUAUGGAUGACCUUGUAAAGUUCUUGGCUAGUUCAGAGACGGAGCAGCAAUGGAGCAUGCAUGUUUUAGAAACAGUGUCUCUCAUGUUCCGAGAUCAGAAUGCCGAGCAGUUGGCUGCAACUGGUCAGGGACGAUUUUCGGCUGAAAGAGUAACAGACCUUAAAGACUUAGAGAUUCUUCGGCAAAAAGAAAUGGCAGAAAAAAAGAGCAGAGUAUUUCAGCGUGGUACCAGGCAUUCUCGGUUUGGUGGCUCGUAUGUAAUUGAGGGUUUAAAAUCGAUUGGAGAUAAUGAUGUCAUCUACCACCAGGGGCUUCAUAAUUUUCAGAAUUACACCCAUGACCUUGGAAAGAACUUAAGGAGAGUCUCAAAGAGGAAGCAACAAGCCAAAGAUACAGAGACACGCCGUCGUUCAGCUUUAAAUGUCCGUCUCUUCCUGAAGGAGUUCUGCAUAGACUUCUUGGAGAACUGUUAUAAUCGACUCAUGUACAUUGUGAAGGAUCACUUGAUUCGUGAGAAGGCACAGCAGCAUGAUGAAACGUACUACCUUUGGUCAAUGGCUUUUUUCAUGGCCUUCAAUCGUGUGCAUCAGUUUCGACCAGAGCUUGUGUCUGAAACAGCUAGCAUAAGGACUUUCCAUUUUAUAGAGCAAAACCUCACCAAUUACUAUGAGAUGAUGCUAAUGGACAAGAAAGAGGCUACAUCUUGGGCUCGCAGAAUGCAUCUUGCAUUAAAAGCCUAUCAAGAACUUCUGAUGACUAUUAAUGAAAUGGAUCAUUCAAAAGACCCAUCUGUGCGAGAAAGUAGCAAAGUCAUUAAAAAUAACAUAUUUUACAUGAUGGAGUAUCGGGAACUGUUUCUGGCACUCUUUCGUAAGUUUGAUGAGACCAAACAACCACUGUCAUUCUUAAAAGAUCUGGUGGAAACUGCACAUUUGUUUCUCAGAAUGCUAGAAAAGUUUUGUAAAGGAAAGAGCACGGUUAUGGUGCAGAACCGCAAGGUGAGAAGAAAGAAGAAGAAGAAACAAAGUCGACGCGAGGAACAACCUAGGAGUUCUGAAGAGUUGGAGGGAACCUGGCAAACUCUUUCAGAAAAGCUAAAGAGCUGUGCAAUGGUAAUGUCUGCCAUAGUUGAGAGUCUGCCAGAUGAAAUUGUGCCUUUUGAUGCUGCCUCUGAGAUACCAGAUGAGGAGCAAAGAACUGAAGCCCUGGUGCGAAUACAGAACGGUCUUCUAAGUGGUCAAGCUGGAGAGUGCUUGUUUUGGCUUCGUUCUGCAAGAGAAGUAUGGCCAGAGGGGGAUGUGUUUGGCUCUCCAGAGUCUAGCCCUGAUGAAGAGGUUGCGCUCCUUAAGCAAAUUCUUUUUGCUGAUCUUCCCAGAUCUACUCAAGUAGAAGCAGAUCUGAACGAAGAUGAAGAGGAUGAGGAAGAAGUAGAAGAAGAGGAGCUUACUUCUGUACAAGUGUCUGAAAGGGAAUUUAACUUCUUAGACUACAUGAAACGGUUUGCUAACGCCAAUGUGGUGAAGACCUAUGUUGCUCUUCUAAAGAACUAUCAGCAUAAUGGCGCACACACUAAUCACUGUGCGGUGAAAAUGUUACACCGAAUUGCGUAUGAUCUGAAAAUGGAGGCAUUUCUUUUUCAACUUUCAGUAUUUUGCAUUUUCAAUCGUAUUCUCAGUGAUCCAGCUGCUAGUGCCUACAAGGAGCUGGUAGCUUUUUCCAAGUACAUUAUUAAUAAGUUCUUUGCACUUGCUGCUACAAACAACAAAGCCUAUGUGGAGCUGCUAUUCUGGAAAAAUACCAACAUUAUAAGAGAAAUAACUGAGGGCUACCAAAAACGUGGUGAGGAAGAGAGUGAUGUAGGUCGUAAACGUAUAAAAUGGACACCACAGGAGGAAGAAGAGCUACAAAGCCUGUACUUGCAAUAUAAAGAGGUUGAAGGUGUUGAUGUGGUAGAUAAUAUUUUGGCCAAUCUAAAGCCUGGAACUCGGACUCGGAAGCAAAUUAUUAACCAUCUUGUGCAGAUGGGUCUUGCUGAUAGUGUCAAGGAUUUUAAAAAAGAGAUUAAAGGAACUCGAAUUGUGCUCUGGACUGAAGACCAAGAGAUGGAACUACAGCGGCUUUUUGAAGAGUUUCAAGAGACUGAUGAUAUAUUAGGAAAUAUAAUGAAACAUGUCACAGCUAAGCGCUCCAAAGCUAGAAUCGUAGAAAAACUAAUAAGCAUGGGAUUAGUGUCUGACCGGAAAGAGCUUUAUAAGAAGAGGAGGAGAAAAGGAAAAUCUUCAGGCAUAUCUGAAGAGGAUUUCCUGAAUGAUCUUGGUGUUGAUGGAAGAGAUGUAGAUAUUGAAGAUGAUGAAGAGGAAGAAGAUUAUGAAAGUGAAGAGGAUGAGGAGGAGCACACCAAGUUGGAACAUAUACCAAAAGAGAAAACGGGCAGGAUUAGUGCAUUGUUUGUGGAUAAGAAGAUACAAACCAUUUUAAGGAGUUUACAUGAAGAAGGUUUGGCCCCUCCUGUUGUGUGGCUUCAGAACUGUUUAAAUCGGACUGCUGAUGACCGAGAAGAGGACGGCUCAUCUCAGUCAGUUCCUCUUGUACCUUUAACUGAAGACAAUGAGGAUGCCAUGGAAAGCAAAACGUUCCAAAAACUUUUAAAAAUUGUGGGAAUCCGUCCUCCAGCAAACGAACAGGAAUCAUUUUGGCGCAUUCCAGCAAAACUAAACCCAGAGCUGCUGCGUAAAUUGGCCUCUUCUCUUGUUCUCUCAUCUGUGGAGGAGGCUAUUGAGACACCCCCAGAGCCUGAUGACCAGGGCCCGCAUUUAGAGCAGAGAGCUGAAGCCUUGCGUGCACUUUUACUUGCUCGUAAAAAGAAGGCUCCAACAACAGAAUCUGAUGAGACACAACCACAGCAGGAUGAUUUGUCUACAUUGCCUGAAAUGCCAAGUACAAGGAGAACAAAGCUUUCAAAAAGGAGCCGAUUGGUUGACAGUGAUGAUGAGGCUGAUGAGCAAGAGAGAAAGGAAGAUGUUCUAGAAACUGAGGAGCAGAAUCCUGAUAUUUCUUCAGACAUUAGUAGUGAAAGACCAAAAGUAGCCACGAAAAGAAGUCGAUUCACAGACAGUGAUGAUGAUGAGCCACAAAGGAGUGACCAAGACAAACAACCAAAGCCAUCUGGGGACGAUACUGAUUCAGAAAAUGAAGAUUUUCAGCCAACUAAGAAAAAACGUCUUCGCAUUGAGGAUGAGGAUGAAGAUGAAGACUAGUUUCUGCUGCUAUUAGAGCAAUAGUGAUGACCAAUGUGUGCUAUCUAGAUGUCCCAGCCUCCUGUCUUACAUUAUGUAUAUGUUUUACCCUGACGUGUAACGGGAGCCGAUGCAUUUGAACUGCUUAGAAGAAAACACCAGUUGGGUGUGUUUUACGAAAAAAAUUAUGGUUCGGUUUUAAAAUAUUUUUCCCAUAUGUCUGGAAUAUUAAUACCAUUGAAGUAAUUGUUUUACUAUUGCCAAACAAGAAUGUUCUUCUGUGUUUUUAUAGUUACGUUUUCUGAACUGGAUUAAAUGUUUAGUGGAUAUGACAAUAAAAUUCUGUAUGUCAUUG